AUGCCUCUCCUCGGCGGCAGCAGCAGCAGCAACAACAACAGCAACAACCUCCACCACCACAGCCACCACCAGGGUAGCAGCGGCAACAGCAACAACCUCCACCACCACCACCGCCACCACCAGGGCAGAAGCGGUCGCCCAGCCUCUGUGGACGCUGGAAGCCCGGCGGUUCGGGAGCUUCUUCUCUUCGUUCGCCAGGGUCUUUCGCCCAAGCAGUUCUUCCGCCACCACUGGCUCCUCGCGGCGGCGGGCUGGGAGAAAACCCUGGAGCUGCGGGAGGAGGCUAUUGCCAAGGAGGAGGCCAGCCUUGCGGCCCAACGAUCCGAGCUCGAGUCUCGCAGCCAAGGACUCGAGGUCCGCAAGCAGGAGCUCGACAAACUCUCCGAGUCCCUGCAUCGAUGGCGCCAGGAGCUGCAGGAGACCGCCAGCCAGCAGGCUGUUGCCGAGAUGGACCUCGAAGAGGAGAGGAAGUCCCUUGCACGGCGGGAAUCCAUGACCACCAGCAUGGAGCAGGCCCUUGCGUGCCAGCGCGAGUCUCAUAAGACCCUGAAGGAGUCAGCGGCGCGGAAGGAGGCCUCACUCCAGGAGAAGACCCGCUAG